GGCCCCUCCGCAGGAAAUGCGCCCGUGGAACGCUCUACCCUCUUCGCAGUCAGUCGCCCCCGACCUCCCCAGCCUCGCGGGUGCCCGGAGGACCUGUUGUGCCGGGUCCGGAAUGCGCGUUUCGGUCUCUUUACCUUGAGGGCGUGGGGAGGGAAUGCGACUCUUUUCGCCCAGGGCCGUGGACUCGCGGCUUGUUGGCUCCUAAGUCAGGGCUUGAGGGGAUCGCCCGCCGAGGGGGUGGCUCCGCAGCCAGCCUACGCGAGCGGCUUCCUCGCGGGGACCCGCCUUCCGAGGCCAGGAUGAGCGUUACCGGCCCCCUGACCUCCCGCAGAGCCACACGUUUGCUGGAGACUGAACCAUUGCAAGGAAGAGAUGAAGACGCAGUAGCCAGUGCUGACUACUCUAGCAUGCUCUCUGAGGAGGAAAAGGAAGAGUUAAAGGCAGAGUUAGUGCAGCUAGAAGACGAAAUUACAACACUACGACAAGUUUUGUCAGCGAAAGAAAGGCAUCUGGUUGAGAUAAAACAAAAACUCGGCAUGAACCUGAUGAAUGAAUUAAAACAGAACUUCAGCAAAAGCUGGCAUGACAUGCAGACUACCACUGCCUACAAGAAAACACAUGAAACCCUGAGUCACGCAGGGCAGAAGGCGACUGCAGCUUUCAGCAAUGUUGGGACGGCCAUCAGUAAGAAGUUCGGAGACAUGAGAAAUAAGACCUACUUCAUAUGGUGUUUGAGAGAUAUAACCAAAAGAACCUACAUAAAGCAUUUAGCACAGCAUCUGAACAUGCCAACCGAUCUUGCAAAGGAAUUCUCCUACUUUCAAAUCAUUUGAGGAGAGGGUUGAGACAACUGUCACAAGCCUCAAGACGAAAGUAGGCGGGAUGAACCCUAAUGGAGGCAGUUUUGAGGAGGUCCUCAGCUCCACGGCCCAUGCCAGCGCCCAGAGCUUGUCAGGAGGCUCCCGGGGGACCAAGGAGGAGGAGCUGCAGUGCUAAGUCCGUCAGUGUGGCUGCAUCCAGAAACCAGCCACUGGCCAGCCCAUGUCUGCCUGUGCUUAUCCAGAUAAGAAGAUCAAAAUCCCGCUGGGAAAAACCCAGGCUUUGAUGUUGUUAUUCAAAUGGCCCCUCCAGAAAGUUUAAUGAUUUCCAUUUGUAUCUGUGUUGAUGAUGGACCACUUGACCAUCACAUUUCAGUAUUCAUAGAUGAUUGUCAUCUUUUAAAAUGUUCCCACUUGAGCAGGUACACAACUGGUCAUAACUCUUGUCUGUGUAAUUUGAUGUAUAUUUUCCACACAUGUAGCUAUUGUUUGCUUUGAUUUCUGCUUGGCCUCCUUUAUGAUGUGCAUGUCCUUGAAGGCUGAGUGACAGUCGCUUUCAGUUCAGCAGAUCAACAGGAUGGAGCUCUUCAUGACUGUCUCCAGCAAUAGGAUGAUUUACUAUAAAUUUCAUCCAAAUACUUGUGAUCUCUCUCACCUACAUCGAUUAUGUAUGUUAAUUUCAGCAAUUAAAAUAAUUGAUUUUAAUGA